CAUUGCAAAGACGUCCUGGUCGGGUGUAAUGUCUUGGUCAGAACAGACGUGGCGCUGUUGAACACACCGACCCGACUCACGCACGCAUUCUCUCUCCGCUUGGAGUGUGUUGGAGACCACCAUGGGGAGUUGAGAGGGCAAGCCUGAACGGUUGUUUUCUUUCACGUUUAAUUACCUCAAAGCUGUCCUUAUGCCGCGUUUCACAGACUGCUGUUCUCGCCACUGUCCCCGAUGCGGUGGAAAACGGGGUGCGGGAUUUCAGAUACAGGAGUAUUCUACGUCUUCAUCUGUUCUCGAGGUCUGGGUGUGACUGGAACCCUGUCUAGUGGUUCCCAGCCAGAGACAUGAGUGUGGUCCCAGACCCACAGGGGGCAUACAGAGGGGUGGUAGGCGGGGGCGACCACAUGGGUUGUGGAGGGAUUGGGGUGCACCCCCACAGCCACUUCACGGAGGACGCCCCCCGACCCCCCGUCCCCGGAGAAGAGGGAGGCGACCGGGAACCCCACCUUAACCGUCACCUCUCCUCCGGACACGGAGGCUGCCCGCGGCCCCCCAGCCAGUCCUCCUACUACCACCCCUCCAAAACGGAGCCCUCCUUCCGCGGCAGUGAGCCCCCCGCCACCCCGACGCCGAGGCGCCCCGACCUGGACCUGGGUUACGAGCCGGAGGGCAGCGCCUCGCCGACGCCGCCCUAUCUGAAGUGGGCCGAGUCGCUCCACUCUCUCCUGGAUGACCAGGAGGGCAUCCAGCUGUUCCGGGGCUUUCUGAUUCAGGAGGGCUGUGGAGACCUGCUGGACUUCUGGUUUGCCUGCUCCGGCUUCAGGAAGAGCAGUCAGGAGAAAAGGCCCAAGCUGGCGAAAGCCAUUUACAGGAAGUAUGUUCUGGAUGGUAACGGCAUCGUGUCCAGGCAAAUCAAACCGGCUACCAAGAGCUUCAUCAGAGACUGUGUGGUCAGACUGCACCUGGACCCAGCCAUGUUUGAACAGGCUCAGACAGAGAUCCAGAGCACCAUGGAGGACAACACCUACCCUCUGUUCCUCAAGUCUGACCUGUACCUGGAGUACACCCGGACGGGGGGUGAGAGCCCCAAGCCACCCAGUGACCACAGCUCAUCCUCGGGUACCGGACCAGGCCUGACUGGACCUGGAUACCUACCCACCCUCACCGAGGACGUGGAAUGGAGGUGCCGGGAGGAUGAGGAGGAGGAGGAAGAGGAAGAGGAGGACAGCAGAGAUACGCCGGCCAGCAGGCUGACUCAGAGGUUGCUAAUGGAGACGGCACCCCACAGAGUAUCGACCAGUCGGACAGCUGGGGACAGCCGUGAGUACAGGCCAUGCAGGGAGCCGGUGGUUAACCCCUACUACGUUAACAUGGGCUACGCCCACGCCCCGGCAACCAGCGCUAACGACAGCGAGCAGCAGAGCAUGUCCAGCGCCUCGGACGUGGAUACGCUGUCGCUCACGGACAGCAGUGUGGAUGGUAUUCCGCCCUACAGGUAUCGCAAGCAGCAUCGCAGAGAGAUGCAUGAAAGUGCCAAAGCCAAUGGGCGUGUCCCCCUGCCGCAUAUCCCCCGGACUCACCGCAUGCCCAAGGACAUCCACGUGGACCCGCAGAGGUUCGCUGCCGACCUCAUCAGCCGGCUGGAGGGAGUUCUGAGGGACAGGGAGGCCGAGGAGCGACUGGAGGAGAGACUCAAGAGGGUCCGAAUGGAAGAGGAAGGCGACGACGCGGACGUCUCCAUGGUGAACUCCCUCCCUCCGUACGGGAGCAAGCUCUCGGCCCCCUCGUCACUCCCGUCCCACUACGGCUCGAGGUACUCGGAGACGUCGUACAACGGCGUUCUGGCGCUGCACGACGCCCACGAGGAGAACCCGGAGUCCAUCUUGGACGAGCACGUCCAGAGGGUGAUGAAAACGCCCGGCUGUCAGUCGCCUGGCACGGGCAGACACUCGCCCAAGUCCCGCUCCCCCGACGGGGUGGGGUACCCUCACUCUGGGAGGCCCCAGGGCCCCCCCGGGGUCAAGGGUCACAAGCCAGGAGCCAAAGGAGGGGACCUUUCGGGGAUGGGAGCAGCGGUAUACCACCACAAGAACGGCCACCAUCACCCCCCCCCGGGAGGAGCCAAGCCCAAAGAGGCCCCGGCUGAGGAGACGCUGCCGGGUGGGGGCCCCCGGACGCUGGGAGGCCCUCUGUGGAACGGGGAGGCCCAUCACUACGCCACCGGCAAGGGCCGCAGCUACGCCGACGGGGCGGGGGCCACGGAGGGCAUGGGGUACAGCAGUAAGGGCAGCACCCUUUCAAAGCGCAGCUCUAAGAAGGGGGCGGAGCCAGCCGGUAAAUGUGAUGAGGGGCGUGUCCAGGAGGCCCAGGUACAACCGGAGGACCUGGAGAGGAAUCAGAAGAUCCUGCAGUGGAUGAUGGAGGGGGAGGCACUACGACAGAAGAAGAACACACACGGGAGUACCACGGGUUCCAGGAAGCCUGCGGAGGCGCUGAGGCCCAGCUCGGUGGAGCGUCCUGGGGCAGUGCACCCUUGGGUGAGCGCCCAGCUACGGAACAACGUGCAGCCCUCGCACCCUUUCAUCCAGGACCCCACCAUGCCCCCAAACCCGGCCCCCAACCCCCUCACCCAACUGGAGGAGGCUCGCAGGAGGCUGGAGGAGGAGAGGAGGAGGGCCGCGCUGCUGCAGGCUAAACAGAGGCACAAGUCGCUGAGCAGCAAGAAGCAGAUCCCUCCUUGUGAGAACGUCACGGUGGCCUACUACUUCUGUGGCGAGCCCAUCCCCUACCGCACCACGGUCAAAGGUCGCGUGGUGACCCUCGGGCAGUUCAAGGGGCUGCUCACCAAGAAGGGCUUCUACAGGUUCUACUUCAAGAAGGUGAGCGAUGAGUUUGACUGUGGCGUUGUGUUCGAGGAGGUCCGAGAGGACGACGCCAUCUUGCCCAUCUUCGAGGAGAAGAUCAUCGGCAAGGUAGAGAAGGUCGACUGAGCCAGGGAACAGGAAGUGGAGCCGAGAGGAAGUAGGAAGUGGAGGACUAAGAACUCUGAGGAAAGACUGAGCCGGAACGGUGGUUUGGAAGACGGGAGGAGGUACGGACGGACGGAAGAAUGCAGGGAGUGGAAAUGUGGGAAGAGAAGAGGGGAAUGUCCCAGAAGAAUCCAUCCUGCAGGGAGAAUGCGUUCAGGAAGUAGAGGCAGUGACAGCCUGACGGGGUGAAAAGCCGGCCUCUAAACAGUCUUCCACUUCUGCUCUGGAGGAGUUCUUCUUCCAGGUCGGGCCGCGGCUCGGGACGACCGAGGGUGGUGGCUGAGCUCCAUUCCGAAGUCUCCCUCCCUCCCCCGGCAGACCCUGACCACGGCCGAUUGUGUCCUGGGAGGUUUUCAUUAUUGAACGGGGCCGUCGCCGCCUCACGGACUUCGUGACGACAUGGCGAGGAACCCCCCAGGCCUCGUACUCCCCCGGCGGCGAUGUCAACGCGCUCCGCCGAAGACGACGAGGAAGACGAUGUUCUAGAACUCUUGUUUACUAAAGCUGCAUAUUUUUGAUACAACUCUGUGUCUGUGGAGAACAGGAGAAGUAGCCUUUUUAACGUGAACAAACUCUUGGUCAUUUUCCGUGUUGGGUUGUUGGGGGGUAGUGUACAGGUACUAGGUGGUUCUGUCGUUGUACGGGCUGUGACUGCGUUGCCAACGGCUCCCGGUUCCCUUAACGCCGAGCUUCGUUUGCCGCGCCCCGCGGACUCGGAUCAAGAACAGUGCCCCCUUGGGGAUCGGGGGCCGUUGACAAGCAGGCUGUGUGUUUCUAAACGAAGAAAGCUGGGCCAUGCCCCUUAAGUCAACCCCCCCCCCCCCUGAGAUGAUGCGCUGUUUGGUGUUGGGGCACUUCGUAGGGGCUGGGGUGUGCUUAGGGACAGGCCCUCCCCUGUUUUAUAUGUGUAAAGGUAUAUAUAUAUUAAAGCUAGCUGGUUGAGUCCUGUCAGGACCGCUGUUGUUUCCUAUUGAACUUCUCCAGGUGUGUCCCCUUCAACUCCCCAAGGCCACCCUGUUCCCUGUGUAGAGACCUACUGCGUGCCCUUAUAGGGUCUCCACCAAGGGAAUGGGGUGCUGUGUGCUAUGUGGAACCUGGAGUCUACAGAGGGAGACUGGUAGAACUGUCUUAGGAGCGGGUUCCUCUCCAAGCUCUGCCAAGGGAACCGCUGUGUCGGUUCCAUCUCAGGGCAUCCCGGAUUGUAUAGGCUCUGGCCCCGUUGAGUUAAAUGAUUAUAUGACCCCCACGGAGUCAAACCAAUAAUGUAUUCAUUACCCUUGUUUGCCGUCUUGGUUCUAGUCAGGACAGUCUGUCCCAAAAAUACUUUUAACCGGUUUGUGAUAGUAUUUCAAUUUAGAAAGUAAGGUUUUAAAAUGCAUCAGGAAGGAGAACAACUAUUGAGGUUAUAAAUAAUUCUGUGUAGAAAAUAAAAACGGUGAUGUUACAGUCUCAUUUACCAGCUGGUUCUGUCCACUCAGUUCUACAGAGUUCUGGGACACACAUGGGUUCCUAAGAGUCUUAUCUGUCCCAAAUAAGGUCACCAUUUUUUAUUUGCUUAUUUUUUCUCUCGCAAAUCCAUUUAAGUGGAAGUGGAUUUUUGUUUUUGCGAGAAGUAUAAGACGCACUAAAUAUCCGGAAGGUUCUGUGCAUUUAUUUAUUCUCUUGAUGGAUUGGGCCGCUGUGCGCGCUGAAGUUUUGUUUCAUGUCUUUAACUGCGAACCUGUAUGAUGGGCCGAAAUGUAUGGAGGCUGCUGCACCCGUUCCCCUGCUGUUACCGGAGUUAAACCACACUCCCGUGUUCAUUUAAAAAAAAAAAAAAAAAACUUUUCUUCAAAUAGCCUCAGAGAUUUUUCUUUUCUUUUAAACGCUGACAUCAGAAGUGUGAAGCAGAGAGGUGUGCUGCAGUGUUAAUUCUGUCAGAUCAGAUCACUGUGAGAAAAACAAAGGUGAGGGAAUAAUUCAGCAAAGAUGUUAGAGCUUGUAGAGAAUAAACACAUUAUCUGCACAGAAGCUUCUGGAUCUUUAGUUCCCCCAGGGUUCAAGAAGUCAUUACAACCACUUUGUAUUCAAAUCAGCCCCCGUGUGGGAACCGCUGGUCUAUCUAGUAUGAUCCGUUUCUAUUGUUAACUGAUCUGUGUAAACAGAUGUGAUGGAUCUUUGUAAACAGCCAAAGAACAUCAUAACGUGUCUGUGUUGUGAUGUCUCUCUCUUUGCUCUGUCUCACUCUGGUCUCUCUUUCCCUGGUCUCUCUCUCUCCUCCAGUCUCUCUUUCUCCUGUCUCCCUGUUCUUUCUCCAGUGUCUGUCUCUCUCUGGUCUCUCUCACUCUCUGGUCUCUCUUUGUUUCUGGUCGGCCUCUCUUUCCGGUUUCUCUCCGAUCUGUCUCCCUCUCCAGUUUGUACAGUUUAUGUCCCAUUAAAUGCAUCUCAGCCUGGUCCUCAUUGUUGACCCUGUGGAACCAUCUAGAAUGUGGAGUUACAUGUAUUUCUGGGGAACUGUUUGUUGUCCUAAAUGGCUCCCUAGCCCCUUGGUGCACUGCUUUUGCCCGGGACCUGUGGGGUCUGAUCAGAAAUACUGCACUCUGAAGGGACCAGGGUGGCAUUUGGGACAUAGGUACUGUUUGUGUCUCAGGUGGCCUACUAUUGGAGGAAGCAACUACUAGCUGAUCCUAGAUCUGCGGUUAGGAUUGGUGUCUAUUCGUCUUAUCCAAUACCUGUGGCUAGAUUAGUGUCUUACUCUUCAGGUUAGGGCUGGUCCUAGAUCUGUGAUUAGGUUAGGGCUGAUUCUAGACCUGUGGUUAGGUUAGUAUCUAAUUAAUCUGAUAAGGAUGGUGGAAUCGUAAGAUGAUCCUCAGUCUUUGGUUUAAGGAUCAGUUAUACCCUGGAUUUGUGCCAUCAUUCCAGUCCCAGUAGGCCAAACACAGCUUGGGACAGGAAGUGGCAGGUAGGGCUAUGACAUCACAAAUGAGUACCAGGCUACCAUAAAUGGUCUAGUAUAGAAAAAUCAUUGUAGGAAUAUUUUGUCAUUAAAUCCAAGAUGACGGACACUAUAUCCCCACUCUGAAUUAUGACACCUUAGUUUUUCCAUAAUUUCCAAGCAAGUUCUUAUUUUAUAUUGAAUUACUUUUACAAUGUGUAAAUGGACUAGUCAGUUUGUCUUUUUGUUUUAGUUUGUUUUUAAGACAUUUCCAUCGUGAAUUGCAUUUAAUGCCAUGUUAUGUGGUCGCAUGUGGGCGUCAUCCAAAAUGGCACCCAAUUCCUUAUGAAGCGCACU